GACGAACCCCACUCGCCGCUCUUCGCGUUUGUGUUUGUCAUUUUGCACUUGUCAUUCGCCAUUAGCUGAUCGCUCGUCGAUUUCUUUCCGCGUCAAUUGACACUACCCACGCUCAAAUUUCUUUAAAUUCCCAUUUAUUUUACUUAACAUUUGUUCAAGUUUAUCCACCGUCGCCAUCAUGCCAAGCCCAGUGAAGAAAGUACGCAAAACCACCGACGAAAACGUUUUGGGUUUCGCCAAACUCACCGAACACGGUUUUGAGCCGACCAAGGGUAGCGAACACGCGGCUGGUUACGAUUUAAGAAGCGCUUAUCCAUACGUUGUGAAAGCUCAUGGCAAAGAACUUAUAAAAACUGACAUUCAAAUUAAAGUGCCGCAAGGUACCUAUGGCCGUGUCGCUCCACGUUCUGGUCUUGCUUGGAAGAAUUUUAUCGAUGUUGGUGCGGGUGUGAUUGACAGCGACUAUAGAGGAAAUGUUGGUGUUAUAUUAUACAACCAUUCAGAUAACGACUUCACAGUAAAUAAAGGUGAUAGAGUUGCACAACUUAUUUGUGAAAAGAUAGUCUAUCCAGAAGUAGUAGAAUUUGAGACAUUGGAUGAGACUGAUCGAGGUGAAGGUGGUUUUGGAUCCACUGGCACUAAUUAAAAUGUUCAUGUGAAUAAUGUAUCCUGUCAUGCUUUUGUUUUUUUUAAUUUUUAUUAAAAUAUUGUGAUACUUAAUUAUAAUUCAUCCUUUUUUUUUUUAAGAAGCUUUGUAACACAAGAUGUUUUUGUAAUUAAAUUAGACAUAAACCAGAUGUAAGUCUGUAAAUUAAUGAAUAAAGGUGUAAGUUUUUUUUUGUAA